AUGGAGACCCCUUUGGCAGAAGCAGCUACCCAGGAGACUGCCAGCCUGUCCGAUUCCCUACAUGACAAUCCAGCCUCUUCCUCAGCUUCAACCCAGGCCCAAGAACUUCAGCCACCAACAGAGAGUGUAUAUUCUGAGCCAAAGGGCCCCCGAGUACAUACCCCUCAAGUUCGGCUACCUCCAGCGUUCAAUAAGUUCAUUCUAUACGAGAACAGACUCCGGUUCUUCAUCAUUGCUUCUAACGCUUCUGAUUCUCGUCAUCGCAUUAUAAAAAUCGACCGAACGACACAAGACGAGGAGUUGAAUAUCAUUGAAGAUGAAGUCGAGUAUACUGGCAAGCAAAUGACUGCCAUGCUCAAGAUGCUUGACGAUGGAAACCGAGCCUCUGGUGGCUUGGGUAAGGCUAAGAUGUUCUUUGGUAUUGCUGGCUUUAUCAGGUUUACAGCUGGCUGGUACAUGAUUUUAAUAACCAAACGUUCAGUCGUCGCACUACUGGGUGGCCAUUACCUGUAUCAUUGCGAAAAUUCAGACAUUGUCCCUGUGCCUUUUAAUCACAAGAUAGAAAAACCAGCUGAGGAGCAGCGCCUCAUGAAUAUAUUCAAACAAGUGGAUAUGUCAAAGAAUUUCUAUUUCAGUUACACUUACGACCUUACCUCAACGCUUCAGCAUAAUUUGACUGGCGAAGUGCGUUCGGGAGAGAACGAUUGGCCAAUCAACGACCGAUUUGCUUGGAAUUUCCACAUGCUUACAGCUCCCUUUUCCAAACAAGCAACCCCACCCCUAAAUCACUAUUGGCUCCUCCCUUUGGUUCAUGGUCAUGUAGAUCAAGCAAAAUUGACUGUACUUGGUCGCGUAAUCUUUGUCACACUCAUUGCACGCAGGUCUCGCCAUUUUGCAGGAGCGCGAUACCUCAAACGAGGCGCCAAUGAUGAGGGAAACGUGGCAAAUGAAGUAGAAACGGAACAAAUUGUAUGCGAAGCACUGACGACUCCUUUCUACUACCCUGACCGCGGGAAGGGCGACGCGCAUCGUCAUAGACGCCCUAGCCCAAAUUAUACGAGCUAUGUUCAAUACAGAGGAAGCAUCCCCAUCUACUGGACACAAGAAACGACGAGUAUGAGCCCGAAACCGCCCAUUGAAAUCAGUGUUGUGGACCCGUUCUACACAGCAGCCUCCCGACAUUUCGACGACCUGUUCAAGCGAUACGGCGCCCCUAUCACGAUCCUGAAUCUUAUCAAGAGACGAGAGCCUGUUCCGCGUGAAUCCAAGUUGCUUGACGAGUAUACACAAUGUGUACGAUAUCUCAACCAGUUUUUGCCCCGUGGAAAGAAAAUGGUAUAUCGGGCAUGGGAUAUGUCUCGAGCGUACAAAGAGAAGACGCAGGAUGUGAUCAGCUACCUGGAAGAUAUAGCAGAAGAGUCGAUUCAGAUGACCAAAUUUUUCCAUUCAGGACCGGAACCAUACUCUCACUAUUUGAAUAGCGAAGGAGAAGAAGCUAAAGCUUCCUGGCGGGGUACCAUAUCCUUGCAAAAUGGUAUCUGCAGAACAAAUUGCGUGGACUGUCUCGACCGGACGAACGCUGCUCAAUUUGUCUUUGGAAAGCGGGCGCUGGGACAUCAGCUGUAUGCUCUUGGAGUCGUGGACAGCCCCAAUUUGGCAUUUGAUUCGGAUGCAGUGAAUAUGUUGACCGAGAUGUAUCACGAUCAUGGGGAUACUAUUGCUUUGCAGUACACUGGAAGCGCGCUCGUGAACAGGGUGGAGACAUAUAGAAGGAUGCCUCACUGGAAUAGUCAUUCUCGGGAUAUCAUCGAGAACAUCCGACGGUUCUACACAAAUUCAUUGCUAGAUGCUGACAAGCAAACCGCUAUCAACCUCUUCCUUGGGGUGCAAAAUGAACGGGCAAUAACCCAUCCACCGGUGCGCAGCGGCUACCGCAAGUGGUUCCACGAAGAAUAUCUCGGGCCCUCCCGCGACGUCAAUGAUUUCCAGGAGAGUUUGCGCCGAUUUGUGCAACAACGGGGUGACUAUUGGGUGGAAUAUUAUCGCCCUUUAUUGUUCACGUCUUUGGGAAAACAUUUUGCGUAUUCGAUGAAUAGCACCCUCAAGCUGCCUGGAAAGACUGCGAAGGAUAUGAAUGUCAGCCCAUUCCAACCCCAUGGAUACCGACCUGCACAAGGAGAUCCUUCGUCUCGGGUGGUACAAGGGGUGCGGCGCUGGAUUGGGUCGCAUCAUCCUUCACGGGAGAUCCUCCGGGCAGGAAAGCCAAUCGUGCGACAGGAAGCGAAGAGGCCUCCCCCGAAGCCUCAAGUUCAGGACAACAAGUCUACAGAGGCCCUAGCUCUGGCCUCACUUGACCCUGCUGUGCCUGAAAAGGAAGAAAAAGAGUACACAAAAUACAUUGUUCAAAUCGAAGAUACACCCGGAAUGAUACCGUACAACGGGCUAAGUGACCUGAAGCACUAUGUGGAGGUUGUACAGAUUGCACGAGGUCAACUAGACUAUUACCCAGACGACGAGACGUGCGAUCACUACAGCAAGUAUGUGGAACGCAAUUCGACAAGGUAUCCGGGUGGAAAAGGCAGGGAGGCGUUCCAUGUUUCAUUUAAUUAUGGCCGUUGGUUGGAUGGCUGGCAGGAGAUGUAG